AGAGUCAAAUCAUAUUAAAAUCACACUGAUAUUCUUUGGUGGUGAAAAUAGUGAGAGUAUAUGUUUUUUUUAUGUUCAGAUAUAUCAGUGUCCUGAAAUCUAUUCAUCAAUGGAUGUUUCAUUAUUAGAAAUGACACAUUUUCCAAGUAUUGCUUGUAGAUAGACAGAUGCAUAUUACAAAUAUUAUAGUAGACUGACCAGACCAGUUUAAAAAGCAGUAUCAGUCAAAAGACAGACAGUGAGGAAUCAGAUUUAGAUUGUAUUGAGAAUACAGUCCUCACCAUAUCUAUUUAGACAGUGAGGAAUCAGAUUUAGAUUGUAUUGAGAAUACAGUCCUCACCAUAUCUAUUUAGACAUUGAGGUAUCAGAUUUAGAUUGUAUUGAGUAUACAGUCCACACCAUAUCUAUUUAGACAGUGAGGUAUCAGAUUUAGAUUGUAUUGAGUAUACAGUCCACACCAUAUCUAUUUAGACAGUGAGGUAUCAGACUUAGAUUGUAUUGAGUAUACAGUCCACACCAUAUCUAUUUAGACAGUAAGGUAUCAGAUUUAGAUUGUAUUGAGUAUACAGUCCACACCAUAUCUAUUUAGACAGUGAGGAAUCAGAUUUAGAUUGUAUUGAGUAUACAGUCCACACCAUAUCUAUUUAGACAGUAAGGUAUCAGAUUUAGAUUGUAUUGAGUAUACAGUCCACACCAUAUCUAUUUUGUGGAAGGACCACUAGAGGGCAGGCUGGGCUCAUGGAUAGUAGCCCAACAAAGCAUGGGAGACAAGGUAACCAGAGUCAAUUAAGCACAGCUGACAGUACUAAUGAGAUACUCUCCUUCCCCUAUAAAAGAGAGAAUGGAACCAGCAGAGAAGGGGGAAAACUAUCUCUGGAAGAUGGCCACCGAGAGAGAGAAGCUGUGCUGAAUGAACCACGAAGAUGGUGACAAACCCGUGAUUUAUGUUUGUUGUAGUUUAAAGAUUAUACUAUUGUGUUCUUGUUUCAUCUGGAGAAGAAGAUGUGUGUUUUUUCCUUGGAGGAUUUUUCAUUGCUUAUGUUAGAAUGGUUUUGUUGACAAAAUACCCUCAAUAGAGAACCGUGUUCAAUCAGAAAAACCUACUCCUGACUCGUUUAUUCCACCUUCCCGCUUUAGAGUGACGCCUAAUUACUUGGUACGCUCACAUUGGUGGAGGAUGCAGGCAUUAGGUGGACGAGUGACACAAGGAUAAGUGAGUAAAUUAAUAUUCUUCCAGAAGACCCGGAGGAACCAUUCAAGAACGAUGGAUAACGCCCUACUACAACAAUUGAUCACGGCACAGCAGACAACCAUAGAACUCCUGCAACAACAGCUGAGUCGACGAGAAGAACCUACAGUUAGGCCAAGAGCGGCUGCUCACGCCAUCUUACCUCGUCUCUCCAAGGAGGAUGAUAUUGAGGCCUUUCUCAUGACCUUCGAAAGGACGGCCACCUUGGAAGAGUGGCCGCCCACAGAAUGGGCUAGCGCAUUAGCUCCUCUUUUGACCGGGGUGGCCCAGGAAGCCUAUUUUGACCUGGAUUCCCACGAAGCUGCGGACUAUGGGCGACUCAAAACCGAGAUCCUGUCCCGGUACCAGCUGACUGCCAGAGAUAGGGCUGUAAAGUUCCAUCAAUGGACCUAUACAGCUGAUCAACCCGUCCGUGCCCAGAUCUUCGCCUUAAUACGACUGACGAAACAGUGGCUAGAACCUGGAAAGGGAGUAGGACAUGUGAUAGAGACUCUCGUAGUGGACAAGAUAUUGAGAGAAUUACCCAGUGACUUAAAAAGGGUUGUGGGGCAAGCCAACCCGUUGUCAGCCGACGACAUAGCCCAGGCGGUGGAAACAUAUCGGUCUACAGGGGAGUUGUUAAAAAGUGACAAGGAGGAACGGAAGGAGUCUUCCAAUCCCGUACCACGACUCACCCCGGCGCGCCCGCCACCGAAACGUCCAAGCCCCCCCCGGAGGUGGGAGAAGUCAGCCACCACACAGCCGGGUCGGUGUUAUAAGUGUCAGUCUCCCAACCAUUAUGCCCCACAAUGUCCUAGCAAGGAUGAGCCCAUGGUCACGGAGUCAUCACUGCCUAUCCCCACACAUCCCGUUUUGAGGGGGCAGGAUCAACACUGUUGGUUAGCAGAGAUAGCCCCAGCCUCAGAGAUUCCGGUGCGAGUUGAAGGACAAGAUGUGGUAGCUAUUCUCGACUCGGGAAGUAUGGUUACGUUAGUAGAGGAGCGGAUGGUGACCUCCGCCACACUGCUACCAGACAAAGUAGCUGUAUCAUGUAUCCAUGGAGACACCCACUAUUACCCCACUGUGAAUCUGCCUAUUCUCACUCCAAAAGGAAGGAGCAACCAGGCACUAAGGGAUAUAUUUGAAGCUCCAUCCGAGGAGGGAACCUGGAAGGGAUUCUCCUCGGUCUCCCCUUGAUGGGGAUGUGGAACAACCUCCACAUCCCUCUACUGAGGUUGACCUGCCCCAGGAAUUAAAGGGACAGUUCGGCACCUCGCAGCAUAGAGACCCAGACCUAAGGGAGGCCAUGAGGAAGGUGAAGGUGAUCGACGGAAGGAACGUCGACGGAUCAGGUGAGCCCCCUCUUCCUUACUAUGCAAUCAGGCGGGGUCUCUUAUACUGGGUCGUACGACGAAGGGGGGAAAACCAGGAAUUACUAAUGGUGCCUAGACCAUACAGGGAUACAGUUCUACAGUUAGCCCAUUCCCACGUCCUAGGAGGACACCUGGCACGAGACAAGACGAUUGACAGAAUCAUGCAGAGAUUCUAUUGGCCCCGUUUCACCCGAGAUGUGGCCAGGUAUUGUAAGACGUGUGAUCAAUGUCAACGUACAGCCCCACGGCCACACCUACGUAACCCUUUGAUUCCUCUCCCCAUCAUAGAGACUCCCUUUGAACGCAUAGCUAUGGACCUCGUAGGACCCCUCCCAAAAUCCACCAGAGGACACGAGUACAUCCUAGUGGUUAUAGAUUAUGCUACCAAGUUCCCGGAGGCCAUACCCCUACGUAACAUGUCGUCAAAGGGAAUUGCCAAGGAGUUAUUCCUGAUGUUCUCUCGUGUGGGCCUUCCCAAGACUAUCUUAACCGAUCAAGGAACCCCGUUCAUGUCCCGGUUGAUGAAGGACUUGUGUCGGUUAUAUCAGGUUCAACAGAUACGUACAAGCAUAUUCCACCCUCAAACAGAUGGGUUGUGUGAACGCUUGAACAAAACAAUUAAAAGCAUGUUGAGAAGAGUGGUGUCCCGAGACGGGAAAAACUGGGACAUGCUUCUCCCACACUUAAUGUUUGCCCUGCGAGAAGUACCCCAGGCAUCCACUGGAUUCUCUCCGUUUGAAUUGCUCUAUGGCAGACCCUGUCGAGGAAUCCUCGACUUAGCCAAGGAGACCUGGGAGACCCAACCAUGCCCCUUUCGAUCUACAAUAGAACAUGUUACCCUGAUGAGAGACCGCCUGUCAGCAGUGUGGCCCAUAGUCAAGGAGCAUAUGGAGAAGGCCCAAAGGACCCAAGGCCGGGCCUAUGAUAAAUCUGCGACCCCCCCGUGAGUUCACCGUGGGAGAGAAAGUGAUGGUGCUUGUGACCACGGCCGAACAUCGCUUGCUGGCGCAGUGGAGGGGGCCCUACGAGGUAAUGAAAAGGGUCUCACCGGUCAAUUACCUCAUCAAGCAACCUGACAGGAGGAAGAAGGUCCAACUCUAUCACAUAAACCUGCUGAAGACGUACCAUGGACGAGAGGAGGAGGUGGCUUUGAUGGCCCUGGAGGGCAAAGAAAAGAAAAGGCUCUACCAGAGGUGCGCCGUGGCCAAACUCUCCUACCGGAGCAGUCAAGGCAGCUAGACAAGCUGAUUAUGAACUUUGGUCGAAUAUUCUCUCCAUUCCCAGGACAAACAGAUGUCCUGUUCCACCAUAUCCACACUGAACCCGGCAAGAAAGUGCAUAUCCGCCCUUACAGGAUUCCUGAGGCUCGCCGAGUCAUCGCUAAGAAAGAGGUGAGGGAGAUGUUGAGGAUGGGCGUGAUCGAGCCCUCGACGAGCGAGUGGUCCAGUCCCAUAGUCCUGGUCCCCAAAGCCGAUGGUAGUAUGAGACUCUGCAACGACUUUAGGGGCGUGAAUGCCAUCUCUACAUUCGAUGCGUACCCCAUGCCCCGCGUGGAUGAACUCUUGGAGCGCUUAGGAAAGGCCAAGUUCAUCACUACCCUGGAUUUGACGAAGGGAUAUUGGCAAGUGCCGGUGGCUCCGGAGGAUCGCCCAAAGACUGCCUUCGCCACCCCAGAGGGGCUUUUCCAGUAUGUGAGGAUGCCCUUCGGACUGCACGGAGCUGCUGCAACCUUCCAACGCCUCAUGGAUGCCAUUCUACGGCCCCAUCAAGAGUAUGCAGCGGCGUACAUAGACGAUGUGGUCAUCCACAGCGAGGACUGGGAUAGUCACCUCCUGCGAUUACGGGCGGUGCUCGUGAGUUUGGAAGCCACAGGGUUGACAGCCAAUCCAAAUAAAUGCUGCCUGGGCCUGUCCGAAGCGGAAUACCUGGGGUAUACCGUGGGGAAUGGGAAAAUACGCCCGCAGGCAGAGAAGACCAGGGCAAUUCGUGACUGGCCUCGACCCCGGACCAAGCGAGACGUUCGGGCCUUCUUAGGGAUAACAGGAUAUUAUCGCCGUUUUAUCCCGGGAUAUGCAACCAUUGCC